ACCUGCCAUCAUGAACCCUCAAACCCCCGUUUACGUGAUUAACCAGCAGGCAGCCAAGACUGAGGAUGCCCGGAAGGUCCAGCUGCAAAACAUCCAGGCCGGCAAGACCGUGGCUGAUGUCAUCCGCACCUGCCUUGGCCCCCGCGCCAUGCUCAAGAUGCUGAUGGAUCCUAUGGGUGGCAUCGUGCUGACCAGCGAUGGCAACGCCAUUCUUCGUGAGUUGAUGGUGCAACACCCUGCUGCCAAGAGCAUGAUUGAGAUUGCUCGCGCGCAAGACGAGCAGGUUGGCGACGGCACCACCUCCGUCAUCAUCCUGGCUGGCGAGGUGUUGGGUGUGGCAGCACAGUUUAUGGAGGAACAGAUGCAUCCCGUGACGGUCAUUGGCGCCUACCUCAAGGCUCUUGAUGAUGCCCUUGUCAUCAUGGAUAAGGAGCUUACGGUCCCCAUUGACGUUGAGAACCGCGAUGUCAUGAUUGAUACCAUCAAGGCAGUCGUGGGCACCAAGCUGAUCAAGAAGUGGUCGCAGAUGGCCUGCGAGAUUGCGCUGGACGCUGUGCGUACGGUGCAGUUGACGGACGACAAGGGGCACAAGGAGAUUGACAUCAAGAAGUAUGCCAAGGUCGAGAAGAUUCCCGGUGGCGAGCUCGAGGACUCACGGGUGCUGCGUGGCGUCAUGUUCAACAAGGACGUGACGCACUCCAAGAUGCGUCGUCGCAUCGAACGCCCGCGCAUUUUGCUUUUGGAUUGCGGCCUUGAGUACAGCAAGGGCGAGAGCAAGACGGACGCCGAACUCAACAAGACAGAAGACUUUACCCGCAUGUUGCAGCUUGAGGAGGAAUACAUCAAGCGCAUCUGUGACGACAUUAUCAAGCACAAGCCUGACCUGGUCAUUACGGAAAAGGGCAUUUCUGACUUGGCCCAGCACUACCUCGUCCGCAACGACAUCACGGCCAUUCGCCGUGUCCGCAAGACGGACAACAACCGCAUUGCUCGCGCCUGCGGUGGUACCAUCUGCACGCGAACGGAUGAGAUCCUUGAGAGCGAUAUUGGCGUUGGUGCUGGCCUCUUUGAGGUUCGCAAAGUGGGUGACGAGUAUUUCACCUUUAUCGAGGAAUGCGACGAGCCCAAGGCGUGUACGAUCCUGCUGCGUGGUGCCAGCAAGGACGUGCUCAUGGAGGUGGAACGCAACCUGCAAGAUGCCCUCGCCGCCACCCGCAACAUCUUCAUGGACCCUCGUCUGGUCCCGGGUGGUGGUGCUACUGAGAUGGAGCUGGCCGUUCGCCUCUCGGAAAAGGCCAAGAGCGUCGAGGGCGUGCAGCAAUGGCCCUACAAGGCCGUUGCUCAGGCCUUGGAGGUCAUUCCUCGUACCUUGAUUCAAAACUGCGGUGGCAACACGAUCCGCACCCUCACGGCCCUGCGUGCAAAGCAUGCUGAGGCUGGUAACGCCCACUGGGGUGUUGAUGGCAACACGGGCGAAUUGUGCGAUAUGAACACGAUUGGUAUCUUCGAGUCCUUCCAGGUCAAGUCGCAGAGCCUGAAGACGGCCGUCGAAACGGCCGUCAUGCUUUUGCGUAUUGACAAGGUGGUCAGCGGCGUCAAGCGUAUGCAGAAGGAGGGUGGCUCGGCUCCCCAGCCUCAAGGCGAUGCUGACGCACCGGCCUCCAUGGGUCCCGUCUAAACACAUCUGCCCCCACUCGCGGCAGGCCUACGCGCUGUUGAACCCUGUCUAGACCUGUCUUCCUCCUUGCACCUUGUUGAAAAUGAAGAAGCCAACGCACUUGGCAAAGAAUUGGAAAAACAAAAAAUG